CAAUUUCAUGUGACAGAUUCGAGGGUCUAUUCUACAUAUGUACCCAGAAAAAUAUAUGAGUAUUCACAACAGAAGAGUUAAGACUGAAUUAGAAAAAAUGGGACAAGAUGAUGAUAGGAUAUCAUUUGACUAUGAUGUCCAGCAUACAAUUGACGGGCAGUAUACUGAAGAUAUAAAGAUCGAAGACGUAAAGACUGAAGAUAUAGAUAUUGUUGACCAGUACAUUGAUGAGAAUGGAAUAAGAUCGUCUAUUGGAUAUGAAACAGAAAUGAAGAGAGAUUAUAGUUUCAAUGACAGAAUUACUUUUGAAAUUGAGCCAUUGAGUAGUAAACAUGACUCAUCUAAUAAAUAUAAAACUAGGAAUCAUAUGGAUGCUGCUCCUUCGAAUAAACAUGAACAAGAAUGUCUAGUAUGUGAGUAUACAACAAAUGACAAGACAAAUCAAAAACGGCAUUUUGAUGCUGUUCAUUUGAAUAAGCGAGAACAUAAUUGUAAGUUUUGUGAGUAUUCUGCUAAACAUAAGCAGGGACUUGAAAACCAUAUAAAGGCUGUUCAUUUGGAUAAACGAGAACAUAAAUGUCACCUGCGCAACUAUGCUUCAGCUUAUAAACAGAAUAUCAAAAAGCAUAUAGUUGCAGUUCAUUCGAAUAAACGAGAACAUAAAUGUGUGUUUUGUGAGUAUGCUGCUAACGAAAAGAAACAACUUGAAAACCAUAUAAAGGCUGUUCAUUUGGAUAAACGAGAACAUAAAUGUCACCUGUGCAACUAUGCUUCAGCUUAUAAACAGAACAUCAAAAAGCAUAUAGGUGCAGUUCAUUUGAAUGAACAAGAACAUAAAUGUGGGUUUUGUGAGUAUGUAGCUAAUCAGAAGGGAAACCUUGAAAAUCAUAUAAAGGCUGUUCAUUUGGAUAAACGAGAACAUAGAUGUCACCUGUGCAAUUAUGCUUCAGCUUAUAAACAUAGCAUCAAAAAGCAUAUAGUUGCAGUUCAUUCGAAUAAACGAGAACAUAAAUGUGUGUUUUGUGAGUAUGCUGCUAACGAAAAGAAACAACUUGAAAACCAUAUAAAGGCUGUUCAUUUGGAUAAACGAGAACAUAAAUGUCACCUGUGCAACUAUGCUUCAGCUUAUAAACAUAGCAUCAAAAAGCAUAUAGUUGCAGUUCAUUCGAAUAAACGAGAACAUAAAUGUGUGUUUUGUGAGUAUGCUGCUAACGAAAAGAAACAACUUGAAAACCAUAUAAAGGCUGUUCAUUUGGAUAAACGAGAACAUAAAUGUCACCUGUGCAACUAUGCUUCAGCUUAUAAACAGAACAUCAAAAAGCAUAUAGGUGCAGUUCAUUUGAAUGAACAAGAACAUAAAUGUGGGUUUUGUGAGUAUGUAGCUAAUCAGAAGGGAAACCUUGAAAAUCAUAUAAAGGCUGUUCAUUUGGAUAAACCAGAACAUAGAUGUCACCUGUGCAAUUAUGCUUCAGCUUAUAGACGGAACAUCCAAAGGCAUAUAGAAGUAGUUCAUCUGAACAAACGAGAAUAUAAAUGUGGAUUUUGUGAGUAUGUAGCUCAGCAGAAAGGACAACUUGAAAAUCAUAUGAAGGCUGUUCAUUUGGAAAAACGAGAACAUAAAUGUCACCUGUGCAACUAUGCUACAGCUUAUAAAGGGAACAUCAAAAAUCAUAUAGUUGCAGUUCAUUCGAAUAAACGAGAACAUAAAUGUGUGUUUUGUGAGUACGCUGCUAACGAAAAGAAACAUCUUGAAAACCAUAUAAAGGCUGUUCAUUUGGAUAAACGAGAACAUAAAUGUCACCUGUGCAACUAUGCUUCAGCUUAUAAACAGAGCAUCAAAAGGCAUAUAGAUGAAGUUCAUUUGAAGUAUAAACGAAAAGGGAGGAGUCGAUAAAGAUAUGAAUGCUAUUCGCUUCAAUAAACGCGAAUUUGUUAACAUUUUUAACUACUCAUGUUCAUUCAUAAUCAUUCAUAAUCAUACUCAUACUCGCAUACGAGUAUGAUUCAGUUAUAAAAGAAACCUAAAAAAAGCAUAUAAAUACUACUCAUUUGAAUGAAAAAAACUAAAAUAUCACCUAUACAAGUUCACUGUGUUUGGAAACAAAAUUGUCAUGGGAAAAUGAGUAACUACCUCUAGUGCCUGAUGAUGUUAUGACGAUUCAGAAUUGAAUAAUUUAAUCGUGAGGACAAAUGUAACUGAGGUACCUCUCAACAAUCAGAUUGUGAAUAUCAACGCUUGCAUAACAGAAUUAAUCAAUAUUCAUUUUAUCGAAUUAAUUAGUAAAAUUCUCAAAGAACCUAUUUUAAAUAUUGUUUUUUUUUUAAUUAAUUUCUGAACAACAAUUUCUUCAUAAUUAAUUCAUAAGCAGUAAUAUUCCUAAAUAAAGCUAUUUCAAAUAUUGAUUUUCAUUUUAAUUAUUUUAUGAACAACAAUUUCUUCAAAAUUAAUCUUAAGCAGUAAUCCAUAAGAAGUAAUAUCAUUGA